AUGCCUUCCAUCAACCGCCCGAUACCACCCAGCAACACCGACUUGUCGAAGCGACGACGUUUCCAACCUCCCAUCACCACGUUCUUCACAUCUGCCACAGAACCAGUGUCUUCAAAUACACCUGCAGUAUCUCACCACCAUCAUUACGCUGCAGAAACCUUCUCUGCCCACCCCGUUGUGCCUGCCAAAGUCCAGUCCUCUCUUCUAUCCGUCGGAAUGCGGGUCCGGAAAUCUGUCGCAGACGGAUAUAGAACCCACAUGUCUAAGACAGAAGAAAAGGCCCCACUCCCUGCAGCUGUCACUCAGACCCCUGGUGCUCAACGGUACCAUGGCAGCAGACCCUCUGAGCUGUCGCCGUUUUCUGGCGCCGAUAAAUCUUCCUUUGGCCAUGAUGACUACCUUGUCACAGAUGACGGCGACGCAUACUCGAUCCCGCCCAGCAGCCAAGACUCAAUUGUGUCAUUGCCCUUGAGCGGUCAAAAGCGGGCUUUGGAAUUCGAUGGUGAUAUUCUCGUCGGUGAGGAUGCCGAUGAUACAUUUGAUAAUCUCGGCACAUCCUGGCGGAACAACUCAUCUGGGCGAACCAUCCGGUCUCCAAAUGUGGGUCGUAGUCGUCGUAUUCUUGCCGUGCGUCACAGCAAGAUUGAACAGCUCACUAUGGACAUGGACGACUUUGAAGAAGCUACAUUCCUCCGCCGCCGUGAGGAAGUUGAUGCGGAGGAUGUGCGGAUGUACGGUGCUUGA